AUGGCCUGUGAGUUAUGCAAACUACCAGUCUGUUCAAGAUGCAUGAAAGAAGACCACCGAAGUCAUACGUUCAAAAACAUUAACGACGCAUUAAAGGAAUCAGAAAAGCGUUGCAAUAUUAAGAUUCAGAACAUCAAAAAGGCCAUCAUUCCAAACUGGCGGGAUACUCUAUCCACUUUGUGUGAAGAAAAAGUUGAAUCAAAAGAAGAAAUCUCCAAAAUUAGAUCACAAUUGCAAGAUGACGCAAAGAAGCUAAAAGAUUUAGUGGACGUAAUUGUGGAGAAAAACCUACAACGUUUCGAUUAUGAGGAAAAGCGAAUGAACAAUGACUUGGAAAGGCAGGCAAACCUCAUAUCAGGAUAUAUUACAAAAAAUGAACAGUUAAUUGAUAACUAUGAAGAUAAGAUGCGAGGACCUUACGAGAAAUUGAUGCUGCGAAAAGAGAUUUUCGAGUCCGAUGUCAUGGAAUUUGAAGAAACAAAGUUAAAAAGGCCAAUUUAUCUCAGAGAAAAUAUAAAUGAAGACAACGUGUCAAAACUGCUUGGAAAAUUGUACAUUCCUGCAGAAACAUUGCUUCAAGAAGACAAAAAUCAUGUCGAGUCCAAACCAAUAAGUACUGCAUUCAAGCUGCCUUUUUCUGAUGCAAGGCAUAUUUCAUAUGUCCCAAAUAACAAAUUAUGGAUAGGAAAUAAGGAUGGCCAGAUUCUUCUCACAGAUGAUACUGGUGAAGUCUUAGGCAAGAUAAACACCACCCAAAAAAAUAAUCAGCACGGUUGUCACACAGUAACUAUGGAAGGUGAUUUACUUUACGUCGAUCAAUUAAACAACAGCAUCAAGAAGUAUACAUCACUGAGAAUGAAAACCACCUUCAUUGUCACAGGAGAUUGGAAGCCAGUAUGUAUCUUCUCUUCUCCUAGGAACGGUGACAUUCUAGUAGGAUUGUAUCAAAGUAUGUUGGCCAGAGUGGUCCGGUACGCCAAGGAGGGAAACGAGCCGUGGCCGAUUCAGUUUAACGCUAAGGGUGAUCCUCUUUAUCAAUCUCCUCUUUACAUAACAGAAAACUUAAACAGCGAUAUCUGCACGUCAGAUGGAUAUCCAAAUAACGCUGUAGUGGUGGUGGACAAAGACGGGAUUCACCGGUUCACUUACAGGGGACAACAAGAAGAAUCGAAUUUCUACCCACGAGGAAUCUGUACCGAUGUCCACGGACGGAUUCUAGUCAUAAAUGAGUAUAACAGUAUCCACAUGAUUGAUCAAGACGGGAACUUUGUCACUUUCUUGCUUACAAAAUGUGAAAAGACAGGGCUACAUUAUGACGUUGGAAUAUGCAGAAAUGAAAACAACACUCUUUGGACAUGCGGAAAAAAUGAAGUGAAAGUUUUCAAACAUUCUAAUGCUUUGUCAAGUUUGUGA